CGAAAUGAUAAACAUGAGUAGCACCGAAACAAAUAGUUAGCUUAUAAAUCGUACUGAUAAUCAGCAGCAGUUCAACAACAAAACAAGAAAAUUUAGCAGUUAGUAAUUUGUUUGGUCUAUUCUAAGCUCAUCAGCACCAAUGUCUAUGAUUCUGUCUCUGCUCUUCAUUUCUUUAUCUCUUCUUAUUACCAUACUCUUCAAGUUCGCCACAUCCGAUGGAGACUUCACAUUGAUGUCCAAGAAGCACGUAAAACGGGAACAAAUUGAGGAUAAGGUUUUUUGGAUUACUGGAGCUAGCCGUGGAAUAGGUGAAAUUCUUGCUAAGCAAUUGGCAAGUUUAGGUGCCAAGCUCAUUCUCUCUGCUCGGAAUGAGGCUGAGUUGGAACGGGUUAAGAGCCAACUGCAAGGUAAAUAUGCACCUGGUGAUGUGAAGAUUCUACCUUUAGAUUUGGCAUCUGGUGAAGAUUCACUUAGAGAGGCUGUGGAGAAAGCUGAGUCCUUUUUCUCUGAAGCUGGUGUUGAUUAUAUGAUCCAUAAUGCAGCAUAUGAACGUCCUAAAGCAACAGCGUUGGACGUAACUGAGGAAAGUCUUAAGGCAACAUUCGACAUCAAUGUUCUAGGGACAUUGUCUCUUACUCGGCUACUAGCACCCUUUAUGCUGAAACGAGGCAGAGGCCAUUUUGUGGUGAUGAGCAGUGCUGCAGGAAAGGUACCUACUCCUGGUCAGGCUGUAUACUCUGCUUCGAAAUUUGCUCUGAACGGAUACUUUCAAUCCUUGCGUUCUGAGCUCUACCAAAAAGGGAUUAAGGUGACCAUUGUCUGUCCUGGGCCAAUAGAAACAUCAAAUGGUUAUGGAGUGGGAAGCUCAGAAAGGAAGGGUUCUGAGAAGCGCGUGUCUUCAGAAAGGUGUGCGGAACUGACAAUUAUUGCUGCAAGCCAUGGCUUAAAGGAAGCUUGGAUAUCAAACCAGCCUGUGCUAGCUGUUAUGUAUGUAGUGCAAUACAUGCCGACCAUUGGCUACUGGCUCAUGGACAAGAUUGGGGGAAAGAGAGUUGAAGUUGCGGAAAAGAAAGGAGACACAUACUCAUGGAACUUAUUAUUUGGAAAGAAGAAAGCAACCUGAUAGAAGCUUUGUUGUUCAUCAAGUAGUACAUGUCCACAGAUGCAAUCCUGCAUAUAGCACAGAACAGAAGCUCUUGUUCCUUAACCCGAGUAGGUAAUUCAAUUACUUAAGUUGUCGGUAUAUUAGAAAAGCUUAUCACGUUGAAUAACAUGAAAUGUUUCUUCAGAACAGGUAUGUACAAUAAAGCCAGUAAUGAUAUUUGAUUUUUGCAUCUA